AUGAACAAGACGCCGAUCACGACGGGGGCGGCGUUUUCCUACGUGAUACACCAGGCGACCGAGGACUCGGACCUGGACAUCAUCCGGCGGGACCUGAGCAGCGGGCGGCUGUACCAGGCCGGGGUGCGGAUGGUAGCGGGGGCGUGGUGCAACCUGCUGCUGGGCGACCGGUUCCAGCCGGGGACGCACCCGCGGCAGCGGCACGAACUGACGUACCGGCGGUCCAGCUGCUCGUGCAUUCUGUGCCGCGUGCGGCUGACCGAGCUCGUGGACCAGCAGAUGCAGGCGUCCAGCACGCGCGAGCAGACGUCCGAGACGACGAGCACCGGGCUCUCCGCGGAACUGCUGAGCACGAUGUCGAGCGCGUCGCGCACGCCGACGCACUCGGCCAUGGCCAACUUUGUGGUGAAAUGCAGGCUACCCUCCAACGAGGCGUUGCGGUCGAUCGGGGCGAGCUCGUCGUCGCGCGAGCUGGAGAUCGGGUCGGUGGUCAGGCUCAACUAUCGGGCGUCGGCAAAGUUCAAGUUUACGGAGGAGGUGAGCGAGCUGUUCGGGCACCUGGCGUACACCGGGCCGAUCAGUCACGAGGAGGUGUACCGGCGCGUGACGACGAUCGGGGUGCACUACUACCUGUACAACAAGGGCAAGAAGGAGCGCAAGGUGUACAUCCAGGGGCAGCUGAUUCGGCUGCCCGUGCAGGUCGGGGUGGUCAAGCUGGGCACGCAGCCGAUGUACUUUGACGAGCUCGGGGCGACGUUCUGCCUCCACCGCAAGCAGAUCAUGUCCAUCUACGUGGGCGAGAUCGUGCUCGAGGGCAACUCGCUCGGGUCGUUUAUCAAGACGGGGAUCCGGUACUACAUCGGGUUUGGCGAGGAGCGCGGCGUGUGUCCCGUCUACCCCAACAAGGCGCUCGGAAAGGCACGCAAGCUCGGCAUCAAUGAACUGCUCCUCCAUCACCACAUGGUGGACGAUUUGGAGGUGCGGUGCUUGUAGAAAUGUGUAGUUUGUAGCUUGGGGCUGUUUUUUGAGAUAGUGUUUUGGUGUUGUUGAUGGCGUUGUGGACUUGGGGUGCAGUUGCAGAGUGUAUGCUUAUGAUAACCGUAUCUUUUUU